AUGUUAACCCGGCCAGCGACCCAGAUAGUGCAAAAUGAGGCGACGCCUUUCGAGGAGUUGGUGGACCUAGAUCUGGGUGUUGAAUCCAUCGACUCUAUAAUGAGCUCGGACACCGACUCCGAGACCGACUCUGAUGCAGAUUCUGACAGCAGCGGAGAACAAAAUGACAAGCAAGUCAGACGACAUUCGGAAGCAUCGGAUCUAUCCGCUUCUGCUGAAAGCAACCCUCUGGAGCUUCCUAAGACAUUAGAGUUGAUACGUUUUAUAAUCAACUGUUUGUACAAGAUGCCCAUACGACGCCCCGCUGCACUUGAACGAAUCACGGACCGGAUCAGGGAGAAAUUUGCGCCAUACCAGCAGUAUGAUGCACGAUUUGUGCAGGAUUUGCACCCUGAACUUGAUCCUACUAUAGCCACUCGGCUCGGGCGACUCAUAUCUCUCAGGCGGCAAAUUCUGUACUAUCAAGAAGAACACAACGCGAAGCUGCAGCCAGAGCCAAUACAGCGCGGUCUCUCAGCUGGACUCGUCGUUGGGACACAAUCAGAAGCGAAUGCUGUGAUUUAUACGACAACCCCUUCAGAACAAGCUUCUGGGAUUUCACGUCCAUCAAAAGCUACGACUCAUCUAAACCCUCCAGAUCGGCCCGACCUACAAAAGUUCGACUUCCCCCCUUCUGUUGCAUCUUCACACCAUUCCCGAGCAUCUACCUACGCGAUCAACAGCAUAGGCCUUCCUAUACCUCCGAUGCCAAAAAACGCAGACGGAACUCCACUUAGUCAUUUCCUCUGUCCCUACUGCAAGAUCACACAAUACAUCAGCACAGAGAGGGCAUGGAAGAAGCACGUCCUACGCGAUCUCAAACCUUAUGUCUGUACAUUCUCCGGUUGCAGAUUCCAGGACCAUUUCUUCGCAAGCCGGAACGCAUGGUACUUGCACGAGACUCAAGAGCACCGCUGCGAAUGGCAUUGCAACGUUGAGGGGCACGACAUAUGCAAGACACCAGAGCAGUUCAAGAGUCACAUGUCGGAGAGUCAUGGAACUGAGCUUUCCUUGGACCAGAUAGCCAAUCUGGCACCUAUGUUUCGACGCGCCCACUGCAGCUCUGCGGGAAAAUGCAAUUUGUGCAAAAGCGAAUCCCAAAGUCUGUGCGAUCAUGUUGCUCGCCACUUGGAACGCAUUGCUUUGUUCGCGCUGCCGCGACCUUUGCAUGACGACGUGGACUCGACAUCUUCGCAGAAUCAACAGUCCCUGGAGGCUUUACAUAGCUAUAACGGAAGUCUAUCAGCAUCAGCCAAGCUUGAGUCUAGCGACAGAGCCAUUGUUUCGCAGUCAACCAGUGAAUCAUUUGGUCGCAAUGCAGAACGGUUCUUGCUCGAGGAUGAAGGGAAGCUGUCAGAUGCGUCUCAUUACCUUGUUCCAGAUUCCGAAGACAUUAAUUGGGACGUCGUCACGACCCAAUUCUCCGGGGAGCCAGGCGCGAUAAGUAGUGGGCCCAGUUUCGCAGUGUUGCGAACCAGCGUGUCUAUACCACGCAAAGCUCAAGGUGAGGAGCUGGCCCAGAAAUUGCAAGAUGCUAUCGGACGCACUGUGGAAGAUAUCCCCAGAAAUGACAGACACUCUCGCCGCUUCUUGCCAAAGACCGACUUGGAUCAGAUACUCACCUACAAGUCGUUGGACCUUUUGUUCAGGGAGCUUGUUUGUAUGGGUUCUUCCUCCAGAGUCGAGGAUGUCUCACAAGCUAUUACCAGCGAUGCCGCUGACGAACAGUAUGGUGCAUACCCUACCGGUGCCGACAAGGUCAUCGAGAAUUGUGUUUCAGCAACAACGGGUACGCCGUCUCGAAAGUCCCUGCUUGCGCUAUUCUUAUAUCAAGACCGACUCGAGUUGCUUUUGAUGUUCUUGGCAUGGUUGACUUCUGAAUUCGAUCGACCUGAAGCCGAUCGCGACCGUUUUAUUCCAUCCGACGAUUCGAUGCCAUUCACAGAGGAGAGGCUAUUCAACUAUGGAGUCCCUGACAGAUACCACGCAUCCAUACUUGAGGAGCAAGCAAUCUUCAAACCAAAGACGAUUCAGAAGCUCUAUCAUCAUGACAUCACCACCAGCGAACGCUUACCUUUCAUGGGCAGCUAUCAUCCCAUCAAGAGCGGCUCUCAAGGCCAAGUCUUCAAGGCUGAGAUAGCACAAUGCCACUGGGAAAUUCGAGUAAAUGAGGAUCGGAAAGACUCCGAUUUCGUCACUGGUAAUCCGAACAGCACCAAAAUCGUGGCUCUCAAAGUCUUCAAGGCUAUAGGAUCUGUGCGUAAUAUGCUCGAAGCCACCCAGGACUUCGAAAUCGAACUCGGCAUUCUCAAAGAACUGCGAAAGUACGGCAAGCAUGACGCAAUUCUGCUAGAUUGGGGAAGUAUAACUGAGGUCGAUGCGACCGGCAGCCCGAUCAGACACUCUCUCAUCUUCGAGCUUGCAGAUUUCAAUUUGAGUGAUCUGUUCAAAACUCAAGACUGCGCUCAGGAAAAUGUCAGACCAUCUUGUUUGUUUGCUAGCCUUGUCGGAAUCGUUGAAGCAUUAGAAUGCUUGCAUGAUAAGCUUGAGACUUUACAUCUCGACAUAAAACCAGACAACAUCUUGAUUUUCGAGAAUCACUCUGGGGGCGAAAAGCAGUAUGAGCUUAUCUGGAAGCUCAGCAACUUUGGUCUAGCUCGCAAAGAAGACACAAAACAAAGGGCAGUAUCCGCACGACCUGGUUCGGCUUCUUCGCAAGCAUCUACGGUCCCUGCGACAAGACCAGUCGGCCUAUAUCAAGCCCCUGAGAUCCAGGAGUUGAACACAAGUCAGGCAGGUCGAGGGAGUGAUGUCUGGUCUAUGGGCUGUAUCACGCUCAUGGUACUUGCGUUCAUUUCCGAUGGGCCAAGGACAGUCAUGGAGCUGGAGACAUUCUUGAUGGUCGAUUUCUUGAACAGUGGUGAGCAGAGAUUCGUUUUAGACGUACUGAAGGUCAUCUUCGGACGGGUUCUUCGCGUCAAUCGGAACGAAAGGAUAAGAGCAAUUCAGUUACGCAACGAGCUUGCCGACAUUCAGCGAGAUUGGAGCGGGUAUGAGCUCGCGCCUGAAAAGUACGAAUAUCGCGACAUCUCAGAAGAAUUACGUCUUCCGCGAGAGCCAAUUGCCGAACCAACUGCCGACGCUGAACCCAGCGCCUCAGACAAAGACAUCUUGCCAACGGCUAUUGCUGAACAUCGGAUGCAUGACGAACUUUCUCAUGCAAUUCAACGAGAUGACGCUCCCAGUGUGCGUGUCCUGAUCGAACGAAACCCAGAGAUGUUACGCCAGCUAUUGCCUGACCAAGGGAGAUACCCAAUACAUUGGGCUCUGUUCAAGGGCGCCUAUGAAGCUCUCGAUGCGCUUUUUGAGAACGCGUCACUUGAGAUCACGAGGCUGGAGUGGAACGGACGCACUGCGCUCGAUCUCGCAAUGGAUAUGGGGAAGCCCGCAGCUCUCGACUGCAUCAGGAAGCAUCGCGACAAGUUCGAGUUUCCGGCUGAACUUUACGAAAAGCGCAAGAAGAACCUUGGUUGGGAAGCAAGACAGGUUGCAGAUGAUUUGUUUGGUGUCAAAAAACGUGCAUCUCGCAGGAUAGGGGAUAUCUUCAAAUUCCGUAAGAGUAGAGCGCAUAGUCCGUCCGCAUGA